CCCCCCCCUACACUCCCUCACCCGCUUCGCCCGGGGUCGCGGCGGCGAUGUGAGACACGGCGGACGGGGGAAGAUGGCGGUGACAGCCAUAAACAUGUUUGGCCAGUGGAGAUGGUUACGGUUAUGCCUAUUCCUUCAGCUGAACAUAUAUUUUAAGGCUGGAGGUAGCUCAAUUGAGAAUUAUGCCUACAUAAUUCCAGAGUCGCCAAUAGUUGAACUUGGAUCCGAGCUAAAAGCAUCCUGCAUUCUCAAUGAUGACUACGUAAAAGAUGUAGACGCAAAUCAGAUUUUCUGGAGAUUGAAAGAUAAACAAAUACCAGAAACUCAGUAUGUGGUAGUCAAUAGAACUGUGUCCAAUGUAACAUUGACCUUUUCCGAUGCCGGAACUGCACUUCUAACCUGUAAUCUACAACUCAAUGAAGAUCAAGUAGCUACCGUCUUUGGAACAGUUGUCAGAACAGGACUACCACCAGAAAAGCCAAAAAACUUGUCAUGUAUUACAUAUUAUGACAAAAAUAUGACUUGUGCAUGGGAUCCGGGAAGAAAUACAUUCUUGAGGACAAGCUAUCUGCUUCAAAUCAAUCGAUCUGCAUAUUACUUCUUCAAUAAACAAGUAUGUUUGGCAAAGGAUAUGGAAAAUUUUUGUGUAAUUCCCUUUGCAAACAUCAGUUACUAUGUUGAUCAAAUUUUCUGGGUGGAGGCAACUAACGGUUUGGGCAAUGCAAAGUCCGAAUCCAUCAUUUUGGAUCCAGUUACCGUUAUAAAACCUGAUCCCCCAGUGAUAUCCACGGUGCAAUCUGCACCAAAUAUCACCACGAUGUUGACUGUAAGAUGGAAAAAUCCAGCCAUCCUAGCAAACUAUCAGCUGAAGUACAUUAUCCGUUAUAGAGCAGUUGAUGAUCAUGAGUGGAUGCAGGUUCCCCCGGAGGAUACAUCAAAUCAUAGAGAGUCAUUCAUGCUUCAUAACCUAACACCUUUUACCGAGUAUGUUUUCACAAUCCGGUGCAAGAGCAAGCGUGAGGCUGGUUUCUGGAGUGAUUGGAGUGCAGAGAAAAGUGGGAGGACUCCUGAAGGCAAGCCACUUCGAGGUCCAAGCAUCUGGAGAACAAUUGAAAUUAUAAACUCUCAGGAUAGACGGUUACAUCUCAUGUGGAAGGAGCUAACAAAGUCUAAUGCCAACGGAAUUAUUUUGUGGUACUAUCUGGAAAUAAAGCAAAUGAACCCUUUGGAAAUAGAGGAAAUAAAGACUCUCGAUUUGUUUUAUGAUAUUAUCCUUUCGAAUAAAGGGUAUGAAAUAAGUGUCAAAGCCCACAAUUCAGUCGGGAAUUCUUCUGCGCAAACUAUAAAAGUGCUUGCAAAAAAUCAAAAAGGAUUUGCAGGUGUACAAAAGCUCAGUGCUUACCCUCAGGAUGGUCAGUUGAUGGUGGAAUGGAAACGUGUUUCCUCAAGUGGUUUUUUGAUUGAAUGGUGUGAAGAAUUGAAAAAGGAUCUGUAUCCUGGACCAGUAUACUGGCAACAUGAGUCAAGAUCUGCCAACAAGACAUUCUUAAAAGAAAACAUCAUGCCAUUCAAACGCUAUCAGAUAACAAUUUAUCCUCUCUACAAUGGUCAACCAGGAGCAUCACUUUCAACAAAAGCAUAUCUGGAACAAGGCCGUCCAAUAAGAGGUCCUGAAGUUCACCUGAAGCGCGUGGGAAAAAAUGAAGUUGAAAUGAUGUGGAAAGAAAUUGCAGUAAAUGAUCAGCAAGGUUUCAUCACAAACUACACCAUAUUUUACAAGCAUGGCAAUGCAAAUGUAUCAUCUGUGACUGUUGACCCAAUGCAUCAAGAGUGUACAUUGACUUCCUUAAAGGGUAAUACCUUGUAUGUAAUCUGGGUCAUGGCAUCAACAGUGAAAGGAGGCAGAAACAGCUCUGAAGUGACUUUUACUACAUUGCAUUUUGCUAAGGGAGAAAUUGAAGCCAUCGUUGUACCAGUUUGCCUGGGCUUUCUCUUUAUCACAAUCAUGACUAUACUGCUCUGCUACAGCAAAAAACAUCUGAUUAAGAAAUAUGUUUGGCCUAAUGUCGCAGAUCCUGCCAAUAGCAGGGUUGUUGAUUGGUUACCUAAUGCUGGAAAUCUAAUGCAGAACAACGUUGGCCAGAAAGAACCUUUGAAUCCAGAUGGCAUCAUUUCAGAUCUUAAAAUAAUCGAAGCCGAUGUAGGUAGCACAAAAUAUCUUUCAACUGAGGAGGACAUGAAGCCAAUCACAACUUUGAAAAAAGAGAAAAGUAUGUCAGGAGAGCACAGUAGUGGUAUUGGUGGUUCCUCGUGUAUGUCAUCCCCGCGACAGAGUGUCUCAGACAGUGAUGAUGGAGAGUCAGUACAGAAUACUUCAAGCACAGUUCAGUAUUCAACUGUGGCUAGUGAUCCAUGCUACAAACGACAGGUUCCACCACAGGGCAUCGCACGAUCAGAAUCAACACAACCUUUACUGGAAAAUGAAGAAGAGCAUAUGUAUGGCAAUUUGGGAAGCUGCAGUACAGAAAUGAAAAGACAGUACUUUAAACAGAACGGUAAUAUAGAGGAGGCAAAUGAAGGAAGCGAAGCACAUAUCAAUAAAUCAGAUGUCCCAACUCAUCUAAAUGGAGGCAGCUUGCUUGGACUAAAUGAGCUAAGCAUUUCGGACCAGAGCCCUGACUUUGUGGGAUGUCAUCCCAGGAUGGAGGAGUUUCCAAGCAACAAUGAACAAACUGUUGUCAGGCUGGAUUUUUUGGGGUUCAAUGCAGAUCUCGAACCUGAUCACAAAAGUUACAUGCCUCAGGCUGUGAAGCACAACAGCUAUAUGCCUCAGUCAAAAUAAAAAGAAGCAAGGCUUCUUAUACCUGUAUUUGAAAUGAAUUCACUUUGCAGCUCUUGCCUCACAGGCCACGUUGUUUUAAAAACUGCCUUUUGUUAGUAUUCAUCACUAUCCUAAAUAAGUGAUCGUUGUAAUCAGAAUAUCUAAAGACUGGUAAUAUUCAGGCUUAUAGUUGCCAAGUGUGAUUAUGAAUAUUUUGAGUGAGCUGGAAUACUCUUGCCACUAGUUAUCUUGGAUGAGUUGCAUUUUAUUUUGUGUUAUUUUGUAUUUUAAAAAAUGCUAACCUGGUUUAAAAAAAAGUUCUACUUCGACACAGCUGUGCUACGUGGUUCUGCUAACAAAAUUCAAAAUGAUCCAUACAGUUAUCUCUAUAAAUUGGUUCUCUCGGGACUAUGAUACUUUUCUCGUUACUGAAGCGUUUUUUAAAAAAAAAAGACUUGGAAGUGCUACAUCCAUUCUGUAGUGUGAGUAUUCAUACUCCAACAUAUCCUAUUCCAUAUAAGUAUUGUACUAAGAAUUUUUGGAAGUGUUAGAUAGAAAGCAAUCAUGUAUUUUGGAAUGCAUAACAUCAAUUUUAGUACUCCAUUCCAAAGUUUUGUCAGACUGACAUCUGCGUGAUACAAACCAACCAUCAGUGAUUUAUUACAAAUCAGAUUUUACGAGACAUCAAAAUGCCAGUCAAGUAUCGAAGUGAUGACUUGGAGUAUGUCCUUCUAUUAGAAAUCUCUAAAUGUGAGGUAACCUCAAAAAAUAGCAAGUGUCAAGUUGAGACGGUUUUAAGCUUUUUUUUUAAAUGGCAACAGUGGCUUUAUAGCACUACAUUUUUUUUCAAAUAAAUAAUCUGGCCCAAAAAUACACUACUGUAGUUAAAUGCUUUAAAAGAAAAACUAUUUUUAUGAUGAGACAAUCUGUUACAUAGCAUUUUAUUUGACAAGCGAGGAGAGAGGAGCAAAUAUACCCAAUUGUGAAGACAAAACACUGGAGCUAGGAACUAUAUAUUCAGUCAGUUUAUCAUAGAUUGUAUUAUCUUCCAAAUCUGUAUGACAUGGCAACAUUUUCAAAUCUCUUAUAGCUAUCUUUAUAGAAUUUUAACCACAAAGCUAUCUUACUUAUAUUGCCAAAUGUAGAAAGCUUAACGGAGUUGAAUUUUGAAUGUAAGCUUUUCAUAAACAGCUUUUUGGGAAAAACGGAAGGUAUACCACUUAAAGAAAUCCUUUGUAAUUUAAGCUUGAUGCUUCAAUAAAUCUAAGCCACCCGUUAUUCUUAUUCUCACUUUAGAAAAGCAGCUUUUCUUGAUGUAAGCCAUACCAAAGCACUUGCUGGAUGUUGAAGUAACACUAACACUGAACCUGCUUAACACCAAAGGUUCAAUUAAAUCAUGGGAAUUCUGUGUUAUAUAUUACUCUGUAUGUUAAUGGUGAGAAUUCCAUAUGCCAAGAAAGUGAUAAAGUUCAGCCAAAUAUAUAUAUAUAAUAUAUACAUAUACUGUUAUUCCAAUUUGUCCAAAACAUGUAUUUUUUAAAAAGGUUUAAGUUGUACAAUUAAACGCCAAACCAAUGGUGAUGCUUUGCAACAUUUCCUUUGCUUGUGUGAUGCCGACCUAAUGCCUGGAGGACAUGAGCACUUGUCUGUUUCUCACACUAUUGUUAAAAGAGCUCCUGCAACACACAGCCAGUGGGGUGACACUUUUGAUUUCCUGUUAAAUUUUCUAACCAUAUAAGAAUCAAUUUACAAUUCUGUUUAGUGGUGCUCUCCACUCAUAACAUAGCCUCUCGGUAGCUAUUCAGCCCAAUAAAUAAUUAGAUCAGAAUCCCCAUCUAUCUACAUUUUAACUGGAAGAUUCUCACUGGUUGCAGAUUUUUUUUUAAAAUUAAUAAUUAAAUGUUGGCAAUUUAAUCCAGUAAUUUUAAGCAGCAUAAUUUACCUAUACACUAUGACUGCAAGUUAUAAUGUAGACUUAAUGAAUAAUAAAAAAAAUUCUCUGCCAUAACAGUUUUUCUUUAAAAAGAAUAAAAAGUAUACGGUUAGGGCUCUGGCAAUGACCCGAUGCUUUUCUCAUUCUAUUCGAGUUAAAAAUGAAUGUACCUGUGUCUUUAUUAGAGCUUCUGUUCGGGGUUUGAAAAUAUUGCCCAUACUCCCUCUAGGAAGGUACUCACUCAGUCCACGGUCUUGCUUCCUAUACUUUCUGGCUCCAAAGUUACUAAGCCUUAAACACUGUUACAAAUUUGCUUGCAAUCCAUGUGUUCAAAUUUUGUAUCAUAAAUGAUUGUUAUGCAGAAAGUUUCUUAAGUAGCAAUAGAAUUUGGAGAAAUUGAUACUUAAGUUCUUUUGACCGCAGUAUUAUGCACGAACUGCCCAUUAGAGAUGUUUUCAGCAAGGAAAUUAUUGAAUAGUUAAUCAAGGUCUAUUUUGUAUUUAAAGCUAAGAUAUACUGGAAUAUUGUAUCACUAAGGCUAAAAUAAAAAGUAUGUGUAUUUUUAACCCC